GUUCCAAAUAUCACAAUCCGGCUGAGUCGCGAGCUCUAGAUGAAGAGCAUUUCGAGCUCAAAGAUGAACAUAUAAGUCCUCUGAUGUGCCACGAUGGUAUCAGAUAAUCUUGCUUUAUCACAUCACUACAACAACUACCAAAUCACACCUUCUUACAUUCUCGCCCUUCUGAUCAUAAAGCCAAGACACCGUUCACAAAUUGACACCUCCAUUCAAUCUAUCACGAUACAUCGAACUUCAGUGCCAACAAUGGUUCGCAGCAACAUUCUCAUCUCCAGCUUUGGCUUCUUAGCCAUCAGCUCCGCACUUCCUACCACUACGGAGUCGAGCGGUCUGCAAUCAAGAGCGUAUAGGGAAUGCGCGCUCAAUACAUCGUACUUCAAGUGCGGUAUCUACGACGGCUGCUUUGCAUCCGACCCCUGCAUAGUGCCGCCAACAGAAUCAAUCCCACCAACACAGACAACCUGUAAGAAUAGCACUACGACCAAGGACCAACGCGUCAUGUACGUCGUGGCACCGCUCGAGUCUGAUACCCGCACCAAGACCACUGUUCCCCACUUCCAGGUCAUUUCUGGCGACAUGGACGUCAACGAAGUGGGCGUCUUUACCGGCAUCCCAGCCGACGCGAAGUCCUGCUCUCUGGGUUGGCACCAAGGCGAUGCUAACAAGCGGACUUUCAAAGUCACUGGCAAUGGACUGGUCUCGGCCUGGCAGUUGGAUGACCUCAACACCAAGGAUGGCGUCUCCUGGUCAGAUGUAAAGAGCGCAAAGACUGUCGGAAAAGAAGCUGGCCCCGACUUCACCAGCUGGGACCUGCCGGAAUACGGGAGCACUAACCACGGCUCCUGGUCGCUGGACUGCAGAGAGACUAUAUACAUUAAGUUUGAGACACUCAAGGUUCCCGCAGAUAGCGACUCUAAGGAGUACCGAAACGUUUACAUGGACCAGGACGAGAACAAUGGGUUCUACGUCAGAACUUGCAGUGGAUUGCCUGGCUAG